AAAAAGGGCAGACUUGGCGAUGGAGGUCCAGAACGCAAGGUGACAGGCUAGCCCACCAGGAGCACUGGCUGAGAUGCAGGCGGCAACCACGCCUGGAGAGGAGACCAUGUGUACCUCAGCUUCCAGAAACUGGGCAGUCGGUGUUUGCGCUCUGAAGCCCGAGCCCAAGGAGGCGCCGGGCCCGAACCAACUGCCCACCGAGAUGCUCCGGGAGGUGCUGAGCUACCUGCCCCCACGCACUCUGCUCCGGCAGUGCCGCCCGGUGUGCCGGCGCUGGCGAGACCUGGUGGACGCCUGGUACCUGUGGCGGAGCAUCCUGCCCUGGAAACACCCCGACCUGUGGCCCGUCAUCCGCACCUGCUUGCCCCCUGCUGACGACCCCGGGCCCUGCAUCCUGGGCCGCUUCUGCGAGCGCAGACCCAUAGGACGCAACCUCCUCCGGAACCCUCGUGGCCUAGGAGGCUUCCAGAAAUGGACUGUGCUGAGCCGUGAAGAUGACUGGGCGGAGGAGAAGGAAAACUUGGAGGUCAUGCCGAGGGCCUAUAUGCAAACCAGCUUCCUGUCUUCCUACAGGAGGUAUCGCAAGAAGCAGGUGUUGGACCUGGAGAAGGAGGGUCUGUGGCGCGAACUCCUGGAUAGUGGAAACAUUGAGAUCUGUGUCUCUGACUGGCGGAACGACCGACAAGGAAUUGACUGUAUAUAUCAGCUAACUGUCCAUCUUCUAGAUGCCAACCAGGCCAUCCUGGACCAUUUCUCUCCGCUGCCUUUUCCCAUCCGGCGUGGUAGAAACAGUGUCUCUUCUCGGUCCAGCCACGUGUUCUCCAGCAUCAAGAAGGGCGUCCGCUUUGUAUCUUUUGAACGCCACAUCUGGGACUUGGCGUUCAGAAAUGAGCAGUAUGGAGUCUCUCUGAUGAACUCUAGUGUCAUCGUGCGGAUCCCUAAGGAGCUCCAGGUCUCCAGACGGAAAGCAGAUGAAGCUGCUACUGCCUUUGACGUGUCCACCCUGAAGUCUCCCCCCAACCUGCAGUAG